GAACAAAUGUAGAAACGCUUCUUGGUUGUCAAAUUAACAUAGGUAUAGUUAUCAUUGGAUCUUAAAUAACACCGAAAGUACAUUUAAAAAACAGAAAGUGUAAUUGGUUUUCAUUUUGGUAAGAUGAAAUUAUCAACUUAUGUCGUCAUCAUCAUCACUCUCCUCAUCUCGUCAGUUUUGGCAAAUCAUAAAGAAAAGGCCGAACAUGAAACAAUCAAUUUGCGAGACAUCGUAGCUGAAGUGAAUUCUGAUCCCAAAAGCUUAUGGAAGGCAGAUGCAUACGAUUUCAACGAAAUCGAUAUAAAAGAACUUCAAAAAAUAUUAGGAGCUAAACUAAAUGAGAAUGGUGAACCGACAUCGAAUAAAUCUUCAAAAUCUAAAUUUGCGGGUCAACAAACUCGUAUGCCUAAAUUAGGCGUUGGUACGGCUCUUCCUAGAUCAUAUGAUGUUCGACAAAUAUAUCCGUACUGCGACUCUAUUUCGCACAUAAGGGAUCAAUCCUAUUGCGGCUCUUGUUGGGCUGUUUCUGCCGCAUCUGUACUGAGCGAUAGAUAUUGUAUUCGUAGUAGAGGAAGGUACAACGUUGAAUUAUCCUCUCGAUUCAUAACGUCUUGCGAUCAUAAUAACUACGGCUGUCGUGGUGGAUAUUUAGAUUUAGUGUGGGAUUUUUUGGAAAAAAAUGGAACGCUAACGGGAGGAGAAUUUGAAUCCGAUGAAGGCUGUCAACCGUACCCUUUUCAUUCCUGUGGCUGGCCUCGAAAAUGGUCAUGCUUCGGCAGAUAUCUCACGCCGAAAUGUUUAAAAAAUAGAUGCGAUAAUGAAUUUUAUAAAUACGCUCAUGAAAUCCAUCCAGUCAAAGCCAGAACAUCAUACAACGUACGCGACUUUUUUGGAUUAUUCAAUGAAUAUCACAUUAGAUAUGAAAUCUUUCGCAAUGGUCCAGUUCAAGCAGGCUUCUACGUGUACGCUGACUUUUUUGCUUAUAAAUCCGGAAUCUACUAUCACCAGAACAAUUCAAGGCGAUUUGGAGGUCACGCGGUGAAGAUCAUCGGAUGGGGAGAAGAAAACGGAGUCAAAUACUGGAUAAUUGCUAAUUCAUGGGGCAAAUCUUGGGGUGAGAAUGGAACUUUCAGAAUGAUACGAGGAAAAAAUAACUGUAGAAUAGAAGAUUGGGUUUAUGCUGGUAUUCCAGAACUUUCUUCAUGUGAAAUGUCAUUUUUAUCUCAAAUGGUGAAACUGUCAUUCGUCGCCAUCAUUCUCUUCACACCUUUAGUUUUGGCAAAUUAUAAGAAAAACUCCCAACAUGAAACAAUCAAUUUGCGAGAAAUAGCAGCUGAAGUGAAUGCGGAUUCUACAAGUUUAUGGAAGGCAGAUCCAUAUGAUUUCAACGAAAUCGACGUACGUGAAAUUAAAAGAAAAUUAGGGGACAAAUCAAGCGAAAAUGAUCAACUAUCGUCGAAUAAAUUUUCAAAAUCUAAUAAACUCAUUGACGAGAAAAGAUCUAAAUUAGGCUUAAGUGUGACUCUCCCCAAAUCAUAUGAUGUUCGACAAAGAUAUCCGAACUGCCGUUCGGCUUCGCUUAUAAGGGAUCAAUCAUACUGCGGCUCUUGCUGGGCGGUUUCCGCGGCGUCUGUACUCAGCGACAGAUAUUGUAUACAUAGUAAGGGAAGAUACAAUCUUGAAUUAUCUUCCCGCUUCAUAUUAUCUUGCGAUAAAGACAAUUACGGUUGUGAUGGCGGAUAUAUAUACUUGACAUGGGAUUUUUUGGUGAGAAAUGGAACGCUAACGGGAGGUGAAUUUGAAUCUGAUGAGGGUUGCCAACCUUACCCAAUGCAUCCUUGUGAUUGGCCUCGAAAUUUAGCAUGCCCUUCGUAUCUAACACCGAAAUGUUUAAAAAAUAGAUGCGAUAAUGAAUUUCAUAAGUACGCUUAUGAACCUCGCACAUUCAGAGCUAAAACGUCAUAUAAAGUAGGCGGCUAUUUUGGAAUAUUUAAUGAAUAUUUCAUCCGAGAUGAAAUAUUUCGCAAUGGUCCAGUUCAAGCAGGAUUUUCAGUGUAUGAAGACUUCUUUGUUUAUAAAUCAGGAAUCUACUAUCAUCAGAACAAUUCAAGGCGAAUUGGAGGUCACGCAGUGAAGAUCAUCGGAUGGGGAGAAGAAAACGGAGUCAAAUACUGGAUAAUUGCUAAUUCAUGGGGCGAAUCUUGGGGUGAAAAUGGAACAUUCAGAAUGAUACGGGGAAUAGAUAACUGCAAGAUAGAAAGUAGUCGAGUUUAUGCAGGUAUUCCGGAACUUUAGGUAAUCGGUUUCGUGAGCACUUUUGUUUGAGUUAGUAGGUAAGGUACAGUAGGCACGAAAUGACCACGUACGUAUGUAAAUGUAAUUCCAGCUGUUUUGUCAAGAGUAUAAAUGACUAAAAAUUGAGAUUCUUCCAAGUUUAAAAUAUACAUUACACAGUACAUAAAUACAAAUAAUAUUCAUAUAAACUACGCUAUUUUCUUUUUUCAAAUCAAUAAAAACUUUGCACGCUUCAA